AUGUUUGGGAAGGGUUCAUUUGAGAUCCCUCAGGGUCGAGCUUCGAGGAAUGGAGAUAUAGAAAUGGGGAGACAUCCUCCAAUGAAUUCAGGAGAACUAGGAUUGGACAAUUUCUUUAAGCAGUUCCUUAGUUGCCCAAGGCGGAAGAAUGAUUGCUGUUAUUGGCUUCACACCUGUUUUCAUGAUUCAUUUAAAGUUGUUCAAGAGAUUGAGAAACAAUAUGAUAAACUGAAUAAGUUACUCAGAAAGCUGCAGGAUGCUCAUGAGGAAUCAAAGGCUGUGACCAAAGCUGCGACUAUGAAAGCAAUCAAGCAGCGAAUGGAGAAAGACGUUGAGGAAGUUGGAAAAGUUGCUCGCUUGGUUAAAUCAAAAAUUGAGGAAAUUGACAGAGAUAAUUUAGCCAAUAGGCAGAAGCCUGGAUGUGGAAAAGGAACAGGUGUAGACCGAUCAAGAACAGCAACAACAGUUGCCUUGAAAAAGAAGUUUAAAGACAAAAUGUCUGAAUUUCAGAAUCUAAGGGAAAACAUCCACCAAGAGUAUCGGGAGGUUGUUGAGAGGCGUGUUUUUACAGUAACGGGAAACAGAGCCGAUGAAGAGACAAUUGAUAGAUUGAUAGAGACUGGGGAUAGCGAACAAAUAUUUCAAAAAGCAAUUUGGGAACAAGGGCGAGGCCAGAUAAUGGAUACCCUUUCAGAAAUUCAAGAACGUCAUGAUGCAGUCAGAGAAGUAGAAAGGAAGCUUCUUGAGUUGCAACAGGAGAGAAACGGGAAAUCUUUGGCAGUAGUGAAGCACAGUGAUAAGAAGAAACUUUCUGCAUCUACUCUACAUGGAAAUCUAGUGGUGAGUGUAACUGUGUCAAUGGCAAGACACAAAGCUUUGACUUUGUCUGUAUUUUCAGAAUCACCACAUGCAAGCUGGCAUUCUACCAGGAUAUUCCUGGAUAUGGCGGUGUUGGUGGAUGCUCAAGGGGACAUGCUUGACAAUAUAGAAUCGCAGGUUUCAAGUGCAGUAGACCAUGUGCGGUCAGGGAAUACUGCCCUUCAAAAAGCAAAGUCCUCACAAAAGAACUCAAGGAAAUGGAUGUGCAUUGCUAUCCUCAUCCUUCUUAUAAUUGUUAUAGUCAUCGUUGUUGGAGUGCUCAAGCCAUGGAACAGCAACAAGGGUGCUUAGCUUAUUCACUGCCAUAUGAACUGAGUAAAUAGGCAUUUUGGCAAUCACAGUUAUUCCUGCCCCAUGUGUUCUGAACUUGGCUCAUCGAUGUGAACUUAUAAUUGAGUGUUAAAUUUUAUCUGUAUACAUGUAUUAUUAUUUGCAACAUACAGGCAGACCUGGUUUCUGUAGAAUUUGGAACUAAAUUUUUC